AUGGCCGCUGAACGUCCUGUGAACGUCCGGAGGACGUCUUUGCGGACGUCCCCGGGACAGCUAGAGGACCCUACACAUGGACACGGAUGUUCAGAACUCUUUUCCCCUCAAAAAACACCUGCCCAAAGCAGUGAGGAUGGGGACUCGGAUGUAGAUGCCAAAUUAAACUGUAUCUUGAUUGUAAUUCUUAUCUGUGACUGUGGAUCUGAUGUCUCACUUUGGUAUACUUUUACCAACACAGGUGAGCGCAAAACCUGCAGCUCUUGUUUCGCACCCAUCUCCCAAAAAAACAAAGUAGCCGCCAAAAAAGUGACCCUGGACAGGAAGUGGGGGGAAAGGGUCCUAAAAAAUAGAAAUGCGGGAAGAGUGGUGGACUCUGCCCAUAUUGCAGUAAAAAAACUAAGUGCAUUGGGCUAUGUCCCAAUUCUAUUUUUCGGCAAGAAGGAUAAGGCCUCUGGAAAGUGGGUGGCCGAUGUGGUGACUCAUCUGCCACCCUCUGAGGAUAACCUAAAAAUUGUGGCCACCAUGAGAAAGGCCUACAAUUUUGUAUUGAUCAAAGAAGGGAACUCCACGACGACAUUGCUCGAGCCCCAGCCUCAGUUCUUGGCCCUGGCUGAGUCCCAGCCUCAGGCCCAGGAAAAAGAGACAUUUUAUCCUUUAGAUUUAUACCCCGUCUCUCUCCCUGUGAAAGAACAACCCCCCCCACCCAAAAAAAAAAAGAAAGUGUAA